AUGAAAUGCAAAUACUGUGGUGACUGGCAUGAUUUUGCAAAGGGUUCGUGCCCUGCACUGGGAAAGAAGUGUCAUGGGUGCGGUGGCAGAAACCAUUUCGAAAAAGUGUGCAAGGCGCAAGGGAAGAAGUUUAAAAAUAAACGAAGAAAUGUGAAAAAAGUACAAAAUGACAGUAUAUCGACGAGCCAAAGUGAAGGAAGUGACAAUUCAGAAACGGAGAGUGAAGAAGAAGAAAAAGAAGUGGUUAUCGGAAAAGUUUAUGAUUUUUCGGAUGCUAGAGGUAACGUGUUUGCUGAUUUGGAGAUUUUCAUUAGCAAAAAAUGGCAGUCUGUGCGCUGCGAACUAGAUACCGUUGCGAAUACGAGUAUCGUUGGAAUUGAUUGGUUGAAGAAAGCAACCGGUGGCAACUCUCCCGAUUUACUUCCGUCUAAAUUUCGUUUGCAAAGUUUUCGCGGAGGUACGAUUCCUGUUCUUGGUGAGGUCCGAAUUCCUUGCCGACGCAACGGUCGUAAGUACACACUUGCGUUACAAGUCGUAAACGUCAAUCAUAUGCCACUCCUGUCAGCAAAGGUAUGUAAAAAACUUGGAUUCGUUAAGUUUUGUCAUUCCGUUGUCCUCCAAUCAUCAAGAUCAGAGCAACACCUUCUCAACAUUUACCGAGUCAAGGCUGAGCAGUUAGUUAAGCAGCACAAGCAACUUUUCGAGGGAUAUGGAAAGUUCCCUGGGCUUGUGUCUUUGGAAGUUGAUCCCAAUGUAGUUCCGUCCAUUCAACAACCACGAAGUGUUCCAAUUGCUAUGCGUAGUUUACUGAAAGAGGAGUUGAGGAAGCUAGAGCGAGAUAGUAUUAUUAUGAAGGAAACCCAACACACGGAUUGGGUCAGAAAUAUUGUUCUUAUAAGAAAGGGUGGACAAACCGGGCCGUUUGCUACCAUCGACGAAGUUUUGCCAGAACUAGGACAAGCAAAGGUAUUUUCUACAGUGGAUGCCAAGAAGGGUUUCUGGCAUGUGCUAUUGGACAACGAGAGUAGCCGUUUGACGACUUUUUGGACUCCGUUUGGCCGAUACCGGUGGGCUCGAAUGCCGUUUGGUAUUGCUCCUGCGCCAGAGAUUUUUCAAGUUAAACUACAGGAAACAAUUCAAGGACUGAAGGGAGUAGAAUGCUUGGCUGACGACAUACUGAUCUACGGAUCCGGUGAAACGUUGAGAGAGGCAUUGGAAGAUCAUAACCGAAAUCUGAAGGAAUUGUUCCUUCAACUGGACAGAAACAACGUUAAGCUGAACCUAAGCAAACUCAAGCUCUGUGAAACGUCGUUCAAAUUCUUUGGGCAUAUUCUGACGAACCAGGGAUUGAAGGCAGAUGAUAGCAAGAUCGCAACCAUCAAGGAAUUCCCUUCUCCAACGGAUCGAAAACAACUGCAGAGAUUCAUCGGUAUGAUAAAUUACCUCGGGCGCUACAUCAAAAACCUCAGCGCUGAAAGUUCUUUGCCACGGAGAUUGAUUUCUGAAAAGGAACCGUGGAUUUGGACAGAUACGGAGGAGCAGAAGUUUAAGCGGAUGAAGUCGAUAGUGGGGGACGUUGGAACACUUCAGUACUACGAUGUCAGCAAACCGCUUGUGAUUGAGUGUGACGCAAGCUCGUUCGGAUUGGGUGUCAUGGUACUCCAGGAAAAAGGUGUCAUCGAAAAAGGAGAUCCUGUAUACGUGCAGCUCCAACCAGAGACAUCGAAGCAGUGGACUCAGGGGAACAUAUGCAGCAGAUUGAAUGAGCGUUCCUACGUCGUUGAUGUGGACGGUGCGUGUUAUCGGCGAGAUCUAGUGAAUAUUAAACCACGUAAUGAACCAUCGACGCCCACACAGCCAUCAAUGAAAUCAACAAGCGGCUCUAUUCAACUACCGCAAACAGUUACUGACAAGCCAAUGGAUUCAUCACACUCGACUCUGGUUGAGAACUUACCGAACGAUCAGGUAUCAACGCAGGAAACGACUCGUUGCGAUAAAACAGCGUCUAACAACAAGGAGCUGGCAAAGGAAACACCUAACCGACAAAAUCCAGUUGAACAGCUCUCCAGACCCAAGCGAGCCGUGAAAUUGCCAAACCGCUAUCUUGACUUUGAAAUGAAUUAA